UGGCCGACAGACGUCAAUAAAGCAGCAAUCAGUCCCUCCGUCGGCCGGGUGUCAGCGGCUGGAGUCCAUCCAGGGGCCUGUAGGCGGAGAGGGACGGACUGUGUGUCCCGCUGCAGGCCGUCACCAGACUCACCUCAGCUCAAUGCACCGUGCAGGAAGGCCAGAGCAAACCCGUGCACAGGGAGAACAUGCACACUUUUCCCAAAGCAACCAGGGUGGGACCGGCUUGACUGGAGGACUGCAGGCUCAAUUCCCUAUUUGUGUGGCUGCUGCAGUGUCCUUGAGCAAAACACUGAAUCUAAAGGGGGUUAAUGUAACAGUGGGGAAGUGCUGAAUGAGAGGAAUUCACUUGAUGAACCUGAGAACAUCUUCUUUUCUCUGAAGAUCAACUUCUUCCUGUAGGAAGAAUUCAAACAGGGUGGAACCAGGGCUCUUCUCUUCGUGAGGCAUGAGUGCCAUCCACUAUGCACCACUUUACAGUUAGAGGGGGUUUUCUUCUCCAUCUCUGACACUCAGCCCUCCUCAGAUACCUGCAAACUCAGGAGUUACGCAACUUUCCCCCUGAUGGAGGCUGACGGAGGCGCAGCGCCGCGGGUGAGAGCGGCUGGCGGCCCCGCACGGAGCCUCCCCGCUGUGGGAAACAUUCCUCCUGCCUGCUCCGACAUGUGUGCGCGCCGCCUGUCAGCCGUCCAGCGGCGCGUCGCUGCUCGCGCUCGCUUUCUGCUGGGAACUUUCUGUGAGUGAGUCAAGGCGGCGCAGGGGAGGAGGACGCCACCCAGCCCGUCCUCCGCUCCUCCCGAGGACACAAAGACACAGGCCGACAGCGACGGGAGCCCCGGGACUAAUCUGCGGAGGAUUUGUGGAUUUCUGCGUGUUUUUGAGCGUUUUUCCCUCAUGGCCGGGAUGGUUCUGCUGCUUUUUGCGCGUCUUUUUCCUCUGUGGAAUUAACGCGGCGCGGCGGAAUGAAAGUGACGGUGUGCUUCGGGAGGACCCGCGUGGUCGUUCCGUGCGGGGAUGGGAAUAUAAAAGUCCACAGCCUGGUGGAGAAGGCGGCCAUGAGGUACAAAAAGGCCAUCGCCAAGGACCCCGGCUACUGGGUGCAGGUCCACCGGCUGGAGCACGAGGGGGGCAUUCUGGACCUGGACGACCUGCUGUGCGACGUGGUGGACGACAAGGACCGGCUGGUCGCAGUGUACGAAGAGCAGGACCCUCACAAUGGCGGCGACGGCACCAGCGCCAGCUCCACCGGCACCCAGAGUCCAGAGCCCUUCGCGGGCGAGAUGAGCUCGGCCUCGGCCUUCCAGCCGUACCAGCCCAGCAGCGAGAUCGAGGUGACCACCACGGCUCUGCGAUCCAGCAUGUCUCUCAACGUCCGUCGAAGCAGCGACCCCUCGGUGGCUGGCCUGGAAGCCGGCGAGGCUCCGGAGGAACCGUCCAGGAAGAACCCGGCCCGCUGGUCCACCACCGCCGGCUUCCAGAAGUACGGCCACAAACCGCCGCCGAGCGGCGGCACGGGCAGCCUGGAGAGAAAAGGCCGGGGAGCCCACGCCUACCGGAGUCUUCCCCGAGACGCGAGUGGCUGGACCACUCAGUUCCAGAGAGAGAUGACUCGGUCGUCGCUCAGCGCCAACCAUCCCAUGGUGGACCGGUGGCUGGACCGGCAGGAGCAGGAGGAGGAAGAAGAGCUGAGGAAGCAGGAGAGGAGGAUUGAAAGGAUCGAGCCGGUCGGCAGGGCCGACUCUUCACUGGAACACUCUCCGGUGUUACAUCUGGAGAGCAUGCUGAAGCCGGUGGAGGUGUCCAACGGCGGCGGGCCUCUGGGGAUCCACGUGGUGCCGUUCAGCUCUCAGGACGUCAGGACUCAGGGCCUGCUGGUGAAGCGGCUGGAGCGCGGGGGCAAGGCCGAGCAGGAGCGCCUCUUCCAGGAGAACGACUGCAUCGUCCUGAUCAACCAGGGAGACAUCCGCAACCUGCGCUUCGAACAAGCUCAGAACAUCUUCAAGCAGGCCAUGCGCGGCGCCGUCAUCCUGUUCCACGUGGUCCCCGCCGCCCUGAGGCGGCAGUACGAGCUGCUGUCGUCCCGCGGCGAGCUCAGCCCGCCGCAGUCCGGCAGGGUCCGCUUCAGCCAGGACUCCCAGCCGGCCGGGGACAGGUCCAGCCUGGCGGGGGGGCCGGGGGCCCGGCCCGGCCCGCAGCACGGCCUCAACCACCAUCAGCAGGACCCCCUGGCCGGCGGCACGCCGGAGCAGAGUCGGCGCUACACUCUGCCCCACGUUCUGCUGGCCAGGGCCUCGUCCGCCGCCUCCUCGGCGCCCUCGCCCCCCCUGCAGCGCAGGAUCAGCGCCAACGCCCCGCCCAGCUCCUACCUGAAGAGCAGAGGCCGCAGGUUCAACAUCCAGCUGAAGAAAGGUCCUGAAGGUCUGGGGUUCAGCAUCACGUCCAGAGAUGUGCCCAUCGGCGGCAGCGCUCCCAUCUACGUGAAGAACAUCCUCCCUCGGGGCGCCGCCAUCCAGGACGGCCGGCUGAAGGCGGGGGACCGGCUGCUGGAGGUCAGCGGCGUGGAUCUGAGCGGGAAGAGCCAGGAGGAGGUGGUGGCGCUGCUGCGCGCCACUCAGAUGGGCGGAGCCGUCAGCCUGGUGGUGGUCCGGCAGGAGGACCCGCUGCUGCCCCGGGAGGUGGCGGAGGAGGACGACCUGGUGCUGACCCCUGACGGAGCGGGGGAGUUCAUGACCUUCGAGAUCCCGCUAAACGACUCGGGCUCCGCGGGCCUGGGGGUCAGCGUCAAGGGGAACCGGUCCAAGGAGAACCACGCCGACCUGGGCAUCUUCGUCAAGUCCAUCAUCAACGGCGGCGCCGCCAGCAAGGACGGGCGGCUACGCGUCAACGACCAGCUGGUCGCCGUCAACGGCGAGUCGCUGCUGGGGAAGACCAACCAGGAGGCCAUGGAGGCGCUGCGCACGUCCAUGUCGGUGGAGGGCAACAAGCGGGGCAUGAUCCAGCUCGUCGUGGCGCGGCGGGCGGCCAGGAGCAGCGAGGACGCCGCCGCCGGUCCUCCGCUGCUGGAUCAUCCUGGUAAUUCCCUCCUGGACGGCCACGAGCGCCGCAUCUCCCACCCCUUCUACGAGGCCGCCGGGGGCUCGGACCACGCCUCCACGCCACGAGCUAAUUCCGUCGGCCGCAUCGGCCACUUCCAGCUCUCUCCGACCGUGAACAUGCCGCAGGACGACAUCGUGAUGAUCGAGGACGACCGGCCGCCGCUGCUCCCCGCCCACCUGUCGGACCGGUCCUCCUCCAGCUCCCACGACGACAUGGGCCUGCUGGGAGAACCGCCGGCGUCCUGGAUCCACGAGCUGCCCGACCACAACGAGUGUUCGCUGAGUCCCGACGCCGACGCCGACGGCUCGUUCCAGAGGGAGGGCUUCGGACGCCAGAGCAUGUCGGAGAAGCGCACCAAGCAGUACGAGAACGCCGCUCAGCUGGACAUCAUCAAGACCCGCAAGUCCAAGAGCAUGGACCUAGGCUCCGGAGAGCAGGAGGUGGGCCGCUCGCUGGGUCUGAAGAAGUCCAGCUCGCUGGAGAGCCUCCAGACGGCCCUGGCCGAGAUCACGGUGAACGGCGAGCUGACGGUGGACAGGCCGCGCUCGCGCAUCAUCCGGGGCCGCGGCUGCAACGAGAGCUUCAGAGCCGCCAUCGACAAGUCGUACGAGAAGCCCGGCGCCGUCCCGCCAGACGAGGAGAACAGCAUGGACACGGUGGACGAGGACACAGAGGGAAGCUCCCGGUCCAUGUCGAUCAGCGGCGACCUCGCCGUGGGGCCGAGUCCCAACGGAAGCCUCGCCGUGGGAACGAGUCCCAACGGGAACCUGUCCAGAGACGGCCGGCGUGGGGAGCGAGCGUCCAUGAAGGAGAAGAAGAAACCGGAGCGGGACAGAGAGAAGGACAAGAGCAAACCCAAGAAAGGCGUUCUGAAGGGCCUGGGCGAGAUGUUCAGGUUCGGAAAGCACCGGAGGGACGAGCAGCCGGAGGACAGGGUGGACAGGAAGAGCUCGGGGAAAUUUAAGGCUGAGGACGUGCAGGCGACGGAGGAGGAGACGCUGAGGAUGAGGCUGGAGCAGGAGAGGAUUCAGGCGAAGACGCGGGAGCUCCGGGAGCGGCAGGCGAAGGAGCGGGAGUACGCCGAGAUCCAGGACGUGGUCAGCAGGACCUUCAGCUCGGACGAGGAGCACACCUACGCCGGCAUCGGCUCCUUGGACUCCUCGGCGGACGGCAGCGGCGUUGACCCUUACAGCCACCCGUACCACCUGCCCCAGAGCCCCCAGAGCCCGCCGCCCCCCCUCGGUCUCCACGGCAACGGCCCGCCCCUGGAGGCGCUGUACGCCCAGGUUAACAAGCCGCGCAACGGACGUCCCGCGGCGCCGAGCAGCAGUCAGAUGGCGCCCAGCAACCACGACCGGAUACAGAGGCUGAGACACGAGUUCCAGCAGGCCCGGCAGGAGGAGGACCUGGAGGACCACCAGCGCUCCUACAGCCUGGACCAGUCCUGGGUGAGCAACGGGACGGACACGCCGAGCGGGCGCCACUCGGUCACGGUGGACGGUCCGGCCCAGACGCAGCAGCAGGACGGUCAAGACGGCUUCCCUCAGGCGCAGAGGCAGUACAGCUCCCUGCCCCGGCAGCCUCGUAAGCACGCCAGCGCCGUGUCCCAGGACUCCUGGGACAAGGCGUGCGCGCCGGCGGAGGGAUUCCAGGCGUCCAAGGAGAACCCCCGCCACCCGGCGGGCCCGGGGCCCCGCAACGGCUACCUGGGCGCGUCCAGCUUCAACGCCCGGGUCCUGCUGGAGACCCAGGAGCUGCUGAGGCAGGAGCAGCGGCGCCGGGAGCAGGAGGCCAGCAAGUCCAGGCCGCCGCCGCCGCCUCCGGCCGACCCCCCCGUCGACCGCACGCCGGCGCCGCCGCAGACCAAGGGCCCCUACAGGCAGGACGUCCCCCCGUCGCCCUCCCAGAUCGCCAAGCUCAGCAGGCUCCACGGCUCGGAGAAGGGACGGGUGUUCUACUCCCCGGACAGCCGGACUGAUCCAAACAAGCUUUAGCAUUAGCAUUAGCAUGAACGACGGCAGUGAGUCGGCCUGGUUUUUAUAAAAUACUGAAUUAUACAGAUUUUUAUGGGACUGUUGAAAUGUUAAUAUUUAAAAACAGAUUUUUUUAAGAAAAUGAUAUGUUUUUUUUUAGCUGUAUCUACAAGAAAUAAUCUGGGAUGUUCUGUGUUUAACUCUGAGAUCCUAUAACUGUGUAUAUAAGUGCCUUUAAACCCACCGAUUGUUCACUGAAUCGUCAGGUUUCUGGAAGGUUUGACAUGAAUUCUGAUGCAGACUGACAGACUGAAGGUGCAAACGGAUGAUUCAAGGUGGAGUAACGCCAAACGACGAAACGUUCAGUCGCUGAGCUAGCCUCGCCCAGCUAGCCUCGCCCAGCUAGCCUCGAUGAGCUAGCCUCACCGAGCUAGCCUCGCUGAGCUAGCCUCGCCCAGCUAGCCUCGCUGAGCUUGCCUCGCCGAGCUAGCCUCACUGAGCUAGCCUCGCUGAGCAAGCCUCGCUGAGCUAGCCUCGCGGAGCUAGCUCGCCCAGCUAGCCUCGCCCAGCUAGCCUCGCCCAGCUAGCCUCGCUGAGCUAGCCUCGCCGAGCUAGCCUCACUGAGCUAGCCUCGCUGAGCAAGCCUCGCUGAGCUAGCCUCGCCGAGCUAGCUCGCCCAGCUAGCCUCGCCCAGCUAGCCUCACUGAGCUAGCUCACCCAGCUAGCCUCGCCCAGCUAGCCUCACUGAGCUAGCCUCGCCGAGCUAGCUCGCCCAGCUAGCCUCACUGAGCUAGCUCGCCCAGCUAGCUCGCCCAGCUAGCCUCACCGAGCUAGCCUCGCUCACCAGCAGCAGCAGUCCGUGGAAAUCAGGCCGACAUCAUUUUGAGUCAAAAUGAAAACUUUCAUUACGUUUCUGUUACAUGAAGAUAAACAUUAAAACACAGAUCUUACAAACAAUGACCCAAAAACCAAAGUGAAAGAAAAAACUCCCUGCUAGCAUCACCUGGGGUCAGUCGGCUCACCCUGUGUAGGCAUCCACACCUUCAACUCACCAGAGUCCAGCAGAGUCCAGCAGAGUCCAGCAGAGUCCAGCAGAGUCCCGGCAUGCUGGUGAACCACCUGGAAUCGAACCGCUCUUCUCUCACUGAGGCUCUUAUUUAUUGAGCAAUACGCUGUGUGGCUGCUUGACUGUUCAGAAGCCGUGUGGGUUUUUUUGUUAUUUUUAGGGAAGGGGGGGCGUCUCCCCUCCCCUCCCCCGUCUUUGUUUCAGAUACUGCACUUCACCCUGAAAGCGUCCCCCCCCUCCCCCCCCCCGUGUUCAGUAUGUUAAUCCUGAAUUGUCUUUUCCUCUCCGCUGCCUGCUUUAUCUCAUCCUUCUCGCUUUGCCGCCCGACCGUACGGAGCUCUCCGUGGAGGGAAGCAGGCUCUGGAUCUCCUCCGCUCCACCCACCCCUCCACCCGGGGAAUCCAGUGGCGGGAAAAAAAAAAAACCCAAAAAACAAAAGAACGGGGUCAGGUCUGGGUUAUUAAUUAAUGUGCGUUCAUUAAACAUGCAUGCCGCCCCCUUUGUGUGUUUGCUGUCGCCGUGUGGCGCAUGCAGAGCGAACACAGCGCCGGUCCGGCCCUGGCUUCACCUGGACCGGUUUGGCUGGAGCCGAGCCGGCGGCCGGGAGGUGGUGUAAACCCCUCGCUGGCUGCAGCGGCGGCGGACAAUGCAGCUGAUUUUGUUUCCCUUCAUGAUUGCGUUCAUUGAUGGAGAAGCGCUCUGGAGCCUUUCUGCCGCUCAAUCAGUGGUCAGUGGUGUUUAGGAGAGUGGCAUGCAGGAAGGAGUGUGUGAACUGGUGUACGACCGUGUGUCUGAGAGAAGGCGGACUUUAAUCAUUUAUAAAUGAGAUGUGAUGUAAGGUCAUUUUUUCUGUGACCGGAUGUUGUUGAGGAGUUUGGGGUCAGUUUGAGUUCCUCUUCUUCUGUGCUUCACUCAGACAGCUCAGAUGUAAAAGAAUCUGGAUCAGACGUCUGCAGGAGAUGGUGACAUUAUCAUGUGUAAGGUUCAGUUUUAUUUCUAUUCUAAGUUACCCUUAAUUGAAAUCAGUUUCAUCUGUAUAGUUAUAGUGCCAAAUGUAACAGUCAACUCAGGAUAUUUCUGCAGGGAUUUCUCCGGAGCGAGCGGAGGCGAUGGUGAAAACCUGCAGAACCAGACUCAGAGGAGACUUCUGCUGUUCCAGGUGUUUUAGGAGAUAUAAAGAGAGGACAGAGAACGCUUCUGAGGGAUUCAGCCUCUUGUUCAGGUUGGUAUAACUGAUCAGAGUUCGAUCAAAGAUGGAGACGGUGCAUCUGAACGUACCAAAGUGGAUUUUUAGGAGUGUGUUUUCAUCAGGAAGACAACCAACUGCACCAAACGCCCGGCCUGGUGUCUGAUGGUUUCUGACGUUUCCAUCUGAAACGAAAACUCAAAAACAGUGUUUUCACUUGAAACGUCAUGGUUUGAAGGAGGCCUAAAGCCACGGCCCCCCUCCUGGAGGGGGAAAGACUGCGACUCCAGUGCCAGAGCGCGUCCUCUCCAGUCCCAGGGACGGCGGUCCGGGUGUCAGAGUGUCCUUGAUGAAGACCCUGAACUCUUUCUCCCUCAGUCGUGUGCAGCACCUUGCGUGGCAGCUGUUGAUGUGUGAAUGGACCGAUAAUGUGAAGUGUGUGAAGGUGAAGACUGAACGCUGGAGCAUGACAGUUACAUUUAUUUCAAUAAUUCCUUCAAAACCUGAGAAGGAGCAAAAUCUUCACAGUUUCCAAACAGAAACAGGAAAUACCGAUUCUGACCAAAUCAUCCUUUCCUGUCUGGUGUUGAGGGUUGGAGAGCGGGAUGCGAGCCCAGACGGCAGGUUUUAUGGUCUUCAAGCACAUAACGCCCGGCGCUCUCACACACACACGUGUGUGUGUAAAAUAAGGCGCUGUUUGGUUUGUUUGUGGUGUGUAGGAGGACGUGUCUUUAAGUGUGUGUGAGCGCUGCCAGGAACUGGACGCCUCAAUAUGUGUGUGAGGACAAGCUGGCGGCUGUGUGAGUGGAGUGGGGGGGGGGGGGGGGCAGACCUGCUGGAUCAGUCAGUGGAGUAAUCAGAAGGAUUCCUCCGAGCUCGCCGUGCAAACAGGAGGUCGCUUUCUCCACCUCCUCUCCUCAUCGUCCACAUCUCUCUCCUUUGUCAUUUUCCCUCGUUUUUGUCUCUGCUUUGUAUUCUUUGUAUGCCUCUCUCUCUCUGUGUGUGUGUGUGUGUGUGUGUGUGUGUGUGUGUGUGUGUGUGUGUGUGUGUGUGUGUGAAAGAAGGGGGUCGACAUCUGCAAUAUCUUAUGAGUUUUUUUUUUCCCAUCUCCCUAUAUGCAAAUUUGAUAAUAUCCCAUAAUGCACAUUUAUUAUUUGUGUUGUGUAAUUAAUGUUUGUGCGUUCGCUCCGUGACACGUGGAUUUUUCCCAUAAAGCCGUGGUUUUUGGGGAUGUUUGUUUUGUGUGUUUGCGGUCCUGAGAGGAAUGAGGAAUAUAUUGUUAUUGUUUCCCUGCGUCUUCGCGGCCAUCCGUCAGCGUGUUUUAUUAGCCACAAUAAGGUACUGCCAUGGUAAAAAUGACGAAUAUGUAAGCACCGUGCAAUUUUCCUUUUUACUACAGUGCAUCAUUACCAAAUAUUUCUGCUGUUCUCUGUACAUAAAAACACUUUUUUUCAAUGAAUAAAUUGAGGGUGGUUUCA